AAUAUAUAUAUAUUUGGAUUAGUCACACAAUAAAUGUUCCGAUUUAAAAAAAAAAAAGGCAAAACUCUCCUUUGCUGUUAGAAUUCAGGAAAGGUCAGUUAUGAGUGAGGAGGGAGUUUAGUGACUGAAAGGAAAUAGGAAGGGGGAGUUUCUGGGAAUAUUGUAACGUUUCUUGAACAGGGUGCUGACUAGACAUGCAGAUUUCAGUUUGUCUAUGUAUGUAUAUUACACUUAGUUUUUUUAAGUAAUAUAUCUUUAUAUGUUUAUUACUUACAAAUGGUAUACAAUUUUUCUGUAUGUAUAUUACUUAGUUUUAUUUAAGUAAUAUAUCUUAGAGAGAAAGCUAGAAAAUACAGAAGUGUUUAAAAAUUUUUGAAUCACCUACAAUCCCACUAUCCAGUGAUAACUACUGUUAAUAUUUUUUUCCAGUUUUUUUUUUUUUGAAGUCAGUGUGCACAUGCUCUCUCCUCCCCUCCACUCAUACACAUAAAUUUUGCUAAAUUAGGUUUAUUCUCAUUUAGUUUUAUUUCUGCUUUAUUUUUACAUAAACUAUAUCAUUCAAUAUUCUUUGCAAGCAUUUUAUAAGCAGCUGAAACAUACUCCAUUGAAUGCAUAUGCUCCAGUACAUUUAAUCAGUUGCCCAUUGCUCUAUUUUCUUAUUAAAAAAUAAUCAGUCAUAGUAUCUCUCUCUCACACAUACCCCUACACCUCUAGACAUUCUUUAAGCUCUGCAUUCAUUCUCUAUUUCCCUCCAGAAAGGUUGUACCGAUUUACAGUUUCACUGGCAAGAUAUGAGGGCUCCUUGUAUCGCAGUCCAACCCCAGCUCAUUUAUUAGUAUAGGUUUGUUUUUAGGAUGGUCGGGCUCAAAGCAGAACUAAGAGAUCUGCCGUUUUGGACACGGCCGAGGCGCGCGGCUCCCGGGGCCUGGAACGCGCUCUGAGUACGCCGGUCCCUUCAAGGUUGCGCGGGCUCCCGACGAGACCCGGCCCAGCCGGGCACCCCCGCGCGCUCCCGGAUCUCGCCGGCCGGUUGCCAUGAGAACCACGGAGCCUCGGAACGCCCGCAGACUAGCCUGUAUCUGAGGGGGCGAGGGAUACCGAGGCCCAGGCAUGGAGCUGCCGGAUCCGGUGCGCCAGCGGCUGGGAAACUUCAGCCGGGCUGUGUUCACUGAUUCCAAUCGGACCGGUCCGGAGUACAGUGAGGGUCCCGAAAAUGAAAUGGUCUCCAGUUUGGCAUUGCAGAUGUCACUUUAUUUUAAUACCUACUAUUUCCCACUGUGGUGGGUGAGCAGCAUUAUGAUGCUUCACAUGAAGUAUUCAAUCUUGCCUGAUUACUACAAAUUCAUUGUGAUCACUGUUAUCAUCCUAAUAACCUUAAUUGAAGCCAUCCGGUUGUAUCUGGGCUACAUGGGUAACCUACAGGAAAAGGUUCCUGAGUUGGCUGGCUUUUGGCUUUUGAGCCUUCUAUUGCAGUUACCUUUAAUUCUUUUCUUGCUCUUUAAUGAAGGCCUAACAAAUCUGCCCUUGGAAAAAGCGAUACAUAUCAUCUUCACUCUCUUCCUUGCUUUCCAAGUUGUUGCAGCAUUUCUUACCUUAAGGAAAAUGGUUAAUCAGUUGGCAGUUCGUUUCCACCUCCAAGACUUUGACCGGCUCUCUGCAAACAGAGGAGACAUGAGAAGGAUGAGGUCAUGUAUAGAAGAGAUCUGACCCAGUGUUGAGUGAAAAUCUGGCAGAUCAUUCUAGAAGACUGUAAGAGUUAGGAAAGUAUCAGAGCUCUAAUAUGAGAAAAGGGACAAAGCAAUUGUUUUGUAUACACUCUCACUCUGAAAUUCCAAGGUUGGGGGCAAUGAUGAAACUUUGUACAAUGUAUGAAUCAGUAUAUUAGCCCCAAAACCUAGAUGUUGUCCACCUGAUGCCAAAUUUCUUAAUGUUUUUUGAUGUUGUCUUUUUCAGGAGUGUAGAAAUGUAUGUAUUGGUGGUUGUCAUUUGCCAGCUCUCCUGUAGUAAUUCUGGUUAGAAUCUGUAACUAGAGAUGUGUCCAUUUCUUUAAAACUUGUUGGUUGUCCGUGUCUUGGCUGUACAUAUGACCAUGUUUCUUGACAUGGAAAUGCCAGUCAAUGUUCCUAUGCAUCUGACUAUAUUUAUAAACCAAGAGACCCGCCAGGCGCGGUGACUCACACCUGUAAUCCAACAACUUGGGAAGCCAAAGGGGGGUGGAUCACGAGGUCAGGAGAUCGAGACCAUCCUGGCUAACACGGUGAAACCCCAUCUCUACUAAAAAUACAAAAAAAAAAAUUAGCCAGGUGUGGUGGCGGGCACCUGUAGUCCCAGCUACUUGGGAGGCUAAGGCAGGAGAAUGGCGUGAACCCGGGAGGCGGAGCUUGCAGUGAGCCAAGAUCAAGCCACUGCACUCUAGCCUGGGCAGCAGAGCGAGACUCUGUCUCAAAAAAAUAAAUAAAUAAAAAAUAAACCAAGAGACCAAAUUUUCAUGUCUGCUAGGGUUAAAUUCUAACCCUAAUAUUAGCUGUUAUACUGAGAUUAAGAAGAAAACAGGUGGAUUGCCUUGGUAUUUAGGAAAUAUUUUUGUUAUAAAAUUAUAACUUUCAUAAAACCAUAUUCAGUAUUUGUAAUGGUGGUAUAUAAAAUGCUUUUACAAUAAAUUAUUAAAUAUUUAAGGUAUCAACAACAGAU